AUGCCUGUCAGCAGUGACGACGUCAAGAACGCGUCGGGACUCACCUCCAGUGAGAAGCAGAUUAUCCAGAGCAUUAAGGAGUUGUACACAUGCAAGCCCACCGACAGCACGUACGAAAUGUACACAGAGACUGCGGUCUUUCACGACCCCAUAGGCAUCGCGGAGGGUGUCAAGUCGAUCCGCGCACAGUUUAAUGGGCUUGCCAAGCUGUUCCCCCGCGCGGAAAUACCUAAACUUCGUGUGCUCGAGAACCCGCCCUCCGUUCCCAAGAGCACGCUGCUCAUCGACCAGGACGUGUCGUACUACCGCAACCCCCAGGGUGAACCAAUCAAGACCAUCAAUUCUCUAUUGACAAUCGAGACGAACGACCAACACAAGGUUACGCGUCACACGGAAGAGUGGAACCACCGCCGCGAGACUUCUGCAGAAGAUGGGUUCAUGGGCAUGCUCAACGAAGGUAGGAAGAAGUUUACGGCGAACUUCACGGGGAUGUUCGUCAGCCAAGCACCACCAGAACAGAAGAACGAAAGUUGA